AUGAACCAAAUAUUUUUUUCUGACGCUGUAGGAAAGUGUGGUCCCCCUCCACCGAUAGCAAAUGGAGAUACUAUUUCACAGCAAGAUAAGGAAUAUGCUCCAGAAUCAAGAGUUGAGUACCAGUGCCAAUCCCUUUAUACACUCGAAGGAAACAGGACUAUAGUAUGCCGCAAUGGGCAGUGGUCAGAACCACCCAAAUGCAUAGAUCCCUGCGUAAUAUCAGAAGACAUCUUGAAUAAACAUAAUAUAGUGUUCCGAUGGGUGGAUAAAAAGAAACUUUAUCUUGAGUCAGGGAACAAGGUUGAAUUUUAUUGUAAAAGGGGAUAUCGUAGAUUGUCACCACCUGAAUCAUUUCGAACAACCUGUCGAGAUGGAAAAGUAGCAUAUCCCACUUGUGGGUAA